AUGAAAGAUAACAUAUAAGUUAACAUUGACACAUUUAUGUAUUUUAGAAUAAUUUGGGAUUUAAUUUAAUUAAAAUUCUUUUGGUUAAACAGAUCCUGUAAGGGCUACGUAUAGAGUUUCAAGAUGACACAAUCUGUUAAAGAUAUGAAUAUGUUGCCUUAAGAUAAGUUUGUGGCUAACAUCAGCUUUAGGAUUUAUUAGAACGUAGAGACAUGGUUUAGGAUGCAAUGGAAGCUUAUUUAGAUAAUAUGUAGUCAAUAAGUAAACAAAAUCUAUAGCCUUUAGUAAUCAAAGUUUGUUUUUUUAGAGAACGAAACAUUUGAUAGAUGAGUUAAUUUUGCCUUGA